GGCGUCGGUGAUGCAUUUCCGCUUCGCUUGCUUCUCGGAAAAUGAUUGCGGGCGCCGCUUGGCUUUGAGUAGCCGAGGCGGAAGAGAAAGCCGUCCUCCUUCGCUGCUCCGGGGGUGGCUGCCAUGGGUCGGGAAUCGAGAUCAACAAAGCAACAGUUGUCCAAGCAAAAACAGCAUUAUCGGAAGCGCUCCUCAUCACGAGGGCGCUCUGGUAGCCGUUCACGCAGUCGUUCACCAUCUGACAAAAGAGCAAAACGUGGAGAUGACAGGCGUUCUAGGAGUAGAGAGAGAGACCGCAGGCGUGAGAGAUCGCGGAGCAGGGACAAGAGAAGGUCUCGAUCACGUGACAGAAAACGGGUGAGGCGCUCAAGAAGUAGAGAGAGGGAAAGGAGUAGAGAGAGAAGACGAUCACGCAGCCGAGAGAGAAGACGAUCUAGAAGCCGGAGCAGAGGCAGACGGUCUCGAUCUUCCAGCCCUGGCAAGAGCAAGAAAGUAGAAAACAGAUCACGUUCUACAGAAAAGAUAGAAGGUGUGGAAGUUAAUAAAGACAAGAAAAAAGAGAAAGAGGACAAGGAAGGAAAGGAUAAAGAUGUAAAUAAUUUUGAUCAAAAUAAAUUGGAAGGAAUGAGAAAACGAAAAGAACGAGUAGAAAAAUGGAGAGAAGAGCAGCGCAAGAAAGCUAUGGAAAAUAUAGGAGAACUGAAGAAAGAAAUUGAAGAGAUGAAGCAGGGAAGAAAUGGACAGUUAGACGAUGAUGAUGAAGAAAACUGCAGAAGGAGAAAAGAAGGUAAUGAAAUUGAAGAUGAAGAGUUAGAUCCACUAGAUGCGUAUAUGGAAGAAGUAAAAGAAGAGGUCAAGAAGUUUAAUAUGAGGUGUAAAGGUGGAGCUGGAAGGGAAAAGAAAUCAGGUCCAACAGUUACAAAAGUAGUAACUGUAGUGAAAACCCAAAAAGCUUCUCCAGAGACUGAAAAGAAGAAAGGAGAACUCAUGGUGAAUGAUCAAGAUGCAAUGGAGUAUUCCUCUGAAGAGGAGGAAGUUGAUCUCCAGACUGCACUGACAGGCUACCAAACGAAACAUAGGAAAUUGCUGGAACCAGUGGAUCAUGGGAAGAUUGAAUAUGAGUCUUACAGAAAAAAUUUCUAUGUUGAAGUUCCCGAGCUAGCCAAAAUGACUCUGGAAGAGGUGAAUGCAUACAGAUUGGAAAUGGAAGGAAUUAUAGUCAAGGGUAAAGGAUGUCCCAAGCCAAUCAAAACCUGGGUACAGUGUGGUAUUUCUAUGAAAAUCCUGAAUUCCCUGAAAAAACAUGGCUAUGAAAAGCCCACCCCUAUCCAGGCCCAAGCUAUACCUGCAAUUAUGAGUGGACGUGAUUUAAUCGGCAUUGCUAAAACAGGAAGUGGGAAGACUAUUGCAUUUCUGCUGCCCAUGUUCAGACACAUCAUGGAUCAGAGAUCAUUAGAAGAAGGCGAAGGUCCAAUAGCUGUCAUUAUGACACCUACUCGAGAACUAGCUCUACAGAUUACAAAGGAGUGUAAAAAAUUCUCAAGACUCUUGGGGUUAGAGGUCGUGUGUGUAUAUGGAGGAACGGGAAUAAGUGAACAGAUUGCUGAACUGAAAAGGGGUGCGGAAAUAAUAGUUUGCACACCUGGCCGUAUGAUUGAUAUGUUAGCAGCUAAUAAUGGUCGGGUGACAAAUCUUCGGAGAGUGACAUAUGUUGUCCUUGAUGAAGCAGAUAGAAUGUUUGACAUGGGCUUUGAGCCUCAGGUUAUGCGCAUUGUAGACAAUGUGAGACUUGAUCGCCAGACCGUGAUGUUUUCUGCUACUUUCCCUAGAGCCAUGGAGGCUUUAGCGCGCCGUAUUCUCAGCAAACCAAUUGAGGUCCAAGUUGGUGGCCGGAGUGUUGUCUGUUCAGAUGUUGAACAGAAAGUGAUUGUCAUAGAGGAAGAGAGCAAGUUCUUGAAAUUGCUUGAGCUACUAGGACAUUAUCAGGAAAAAGGAGCUGUCAUUAUAUUUGUGGAUAAACAGGAGCAUGCUGAUGGAUUAUUGAAAGACUUGAUGAGAGCUUCUUACCCCUGUCUUUCACUUCAUGGAGGUAUUGACCAAUAUGACAGAGACAGCAUAAUCAAUGAUUUCAAGAGUGGCGUAUGCAAACUCCUUGUGGCUACAUCAGUAGCAGCUCGAGGUCUUGAUGUAAAGCAUCUUAUGCUUGUAAUCAACUACAGUUGUCCUAAUCAUUAUGAGGAUUACGUGCACAGGGCAGGCAGAACUGGGCGUGCAGGCAACAAAGGUUAUGCCUAUACUUUUAUAACUGAAGAUCAAGCACGGUAUGCUGGUGAUAUAAUUAAAGCUUUGGAGUUGUCAGGUACCACAGUUCCUCCUGAGCUAGAGAAACUUUGGACUGAUUUCAAAGAUCAGCAGAAAGCUGAGGGGAAAACAAUUAAAAAGAGUAGCGGCUUCUCUGGUAAAGGAUUCAAAUUUGAUGAAACAGAAGAAGCUUUGGCUAAUGAGCGGAAGAAGUUACAAAAAGCGGCACUUGGCUUGCAGGAUUCAGAUGAUGAAGAUACAGCAGUUGAUAUUGACGAGCAGAUUGAAAGCAUGUUCAAUUCAAAGAAAAGAGUGAAGGACAUGGCCUCGUCUGGUGGUUCAUCUAAUGUUCCUGCCCCAACAGCAGGAAAUGCAGAGAAAUUAGAAAUUGCUAAGAGAUUGGCGUUGAGAAUCAAUGCACAGAAGAAUCUUGGAGCCGAGGCACAAGUAUUGGUCUCUUUUCAGUUUAAGGAUGUGAUGCAGCAAGCGACAAACGCUAUCCUGAGGGGUGGCACAAUUCAGGCUCCAACAGUUUCUGCAAAAACGAUUGCGGAGCAACUCGCUGAGAAGAUCAACGCCAAGCUCAAUUAUGUGCCCAUCGAAAAACAAGAGGAGGAGAAGCAGGAGGGCGGACAAAAUGAAUCUUUUAAGAGAUAUGAGGAAGAAUUGGAGAUCAAUGAUUUCCCUCAGACUGCUAGAUGGAAGGUGACUUCAAAGGAAGCACUGCACAGAAUAAGUGAAUAUUCUGAAGCUGCCAUUACAAUCAGAGGAACCUAUUUUCCUCCAGGCAAAGAACCCAAGGAGGGGGAAAGAAAAAUUUACUUGGCUAUUGAGAGUGCCAACGAAUUGGCUGUUCAGAAAGCAAAGGCAGAAAUCACUAGGCUUAUCAAAGAAGAGCUUAUCCGAUUGCAAAAUUCAUACCAACCAACCAACAAAGGAAGAUACAAAGUUUUAUAAAUAUUUGGAACAACUUUCUCUCUACUAGUUUCUCAUUUGUGAAACAUUUUUGUUUACCUUUGUUGUUUACUGCUUAUUUGUACAUUGCUUUUUAAAAAUAUUGUAAUUUGAUUAAAGAUCAAGAUCACAAUUAUUUUGGUGAGGGAUUGUUUUCUGCAUAUAGAACCACAGUUUCAAAUGGGCAUAAUUAUUUUUUUAAUUUGUAAUGUUUUUCAAUUUACUGCAUAAAGUCAGUUAAUAAUAUUCAUGAAAAGUAUAUAGUACAAUCUCAGUUCAAAAUAUUUCAGGCAGGAGUAGGAUGUUGCAGCUGUUUCUUGGUCAUUUUUAGGAAAAGAAAAAUGAUUUAGAAUUAAAAUUAAAUUUUCCUCUGUUGUGUGUUAGAUUUUUGCCCCUCCUUUCCUCCACUUCCUGGUGAUAUUAAGAACUUUAUGAUCUUCUGAAAUGUCAUGUCAAAAAAGAGUUGAGUUGGCUGAUGAAUAACAGUAUUACAUUUUAGAAAACAACUAAGUAAUACAAAUGUGUAUUUAAUUAAGAAGAAUAUUGUACUUCUGUAAUAUGAAAACACUUUUAUAGAGAAGUAUGGAUUUAAUCUAGCUUAAUCUAGCAUAGAUAGUGGAGUUUAUUUUUCCAGACUUUUUUCAUGAUUACAUAAAAAUAAUUACUCAAGCACCUUUAGCAUGUUUUUUAUUUUUUUGGAAGACAGCAAUCUGUUUGAGCAUCACAUUUGAUUUCAGACUGCUAAACUGUCAAAAUAGCUUUUUCAAAUUCCUGUAGUUUUAAUUUUAGUAUUAUUGUAUAAUUGGAGUUAUCGGUAGGUAUGUAGUAGUCCAGUUUGGAAAUUCCCUAUGAAAAAGCAUGCUCCCUUGUACAAGAAAAAAAUUUCAAAAACAAUUUAGAGCAGUUCUAAAUUUAAAAGCGUGCAGAAUAUGCCCAGAAAUUGGAAGAAUUGGGGGGGGGGGAGCCGGAAUCUAUGGCAAUGAGGAGGGAAUUAUUGAUAAAGGAACUUCCAAUUCACAAACCUGCUUGUCUCACUAUCCAGGAGGAAAAAAAAUAGAAGGACUAAUAUUAGGUUUCAUUUGCUCACUGGCUUUUAAAAUUUACCUUUAGAUUUUAAUGGAAAGAAGAAAGUAUAUGUCAAUUCUAGGACUGUUCUAAUUUUGUACCUCAUUCCUAUUACCUAUAGGCCAUUGGCAACAUGACAACUUUGUCAGUGAAGUUUUCUGUUGCCAAUUCAGGUAGAUGGCCCUGGGACAUCCUCUCUAAAAUGUCAAACACUCAUAUUUUUCAAAACAUUAAGUUGAACAGAUUGAGAAUUGUUAAUUGUUUCAUUUUUAGACAGUGACAUCUUUCUUUGUGGUAUAUUGUGGCUCUUUUAUGUUUUUGUUUUAAAGCUGACAUUUAAUUUUGAAGUACUGGAAAGAGAAAAGUAAGAGUAUGGUUUUGAUUUGAAAUACUCUUGUGUUGGUAAAUUUCUUAGAAAAACUCUGAUGGCACUUCCAUUGGGCAAAAAUUAAUUCUUACUAUAUUUAAAAGUGUGUUGCAGUGGUUUAGUUGUUGGCUAGGACCAGGGAGAAACAGAUCAAAUCCACUCUCAGCUGUAGAUUCUCUCUCCCCUUCUUAUCUCUCACAGCUCAAUUUUCUUCACAGGGUUAUUGUUAGGGGGGAAAGUUGGAAUGGGACUAUUAGGUGUCUGCCUUGAGUUUCUGGAGAAGAAUAUGAAGCUAAUCAGAAAAAUACACUUUCAGUUUUAGAAGGAAUGCAAGUCUUUGUAAAAAAAUGUGUUUCACUAUAUACAUGUUUUCUAACUGCAUUAAAUAAAUAGAAUUGUUUAA